CGUCACGUCUGGAGUGCAGGCCACCCACCCGCUAUCAUGUCGAGUCACAAGACGAUUGUCGAGCAAAAGCAGCAGUUCCUGCAGUCUAAGAAGCAGUACCUGUCCCGCGGCAUCGCGCCUUCGGAGAAGCUCAAGCAGAUCGCGCUAGAUGGCGGCGUUGAGCUGAGCGUCUUGAAGGGCGCCGUAGACAAAGUGAACCGCGAGCUAAAGCAGCACUCACGGCGCGUCUACAGCCGGCAAAUGAGCGAACACGUGGUCGAGCAGAUCGACACCUUCUACUGGGAGUCGGGCUCCCGCGACGUCGACGACGAGGCAAUCGAUACGACGACAGACAUGACCGACGAUGAACACGCGAUAUAUCAAGGUGAGGACCUCACCCAAGACGCGGUCAUCGCGAAACUCCCGACGCGCUGGGACACCUCGUCCGAUCCCACACCGUCCUCGGCCGAAGAACACGUUGACCAAGACGAUUAUUUGUCCGCCAUCACACGCCUGCAAAGCCUCUCUGCGCACCGCCUUACCCUCCAGCAGAAGCUCAACACAUACCGUACGCUAUUGGCCCUCCUGGAACCGUAUCGCAACCCGAAGAACAAUGUGCAGCCGAACCUGGUGUGGAAGGAUAGCCCGCUUGCAACGGAGCUAGGAAAGACGAGAACGUUGGCCAUUAGGGUCGCAGGAAGACUCGGUGAAAAGUUUGGUGACGUACAGGUCCCGGCUACGGAUGAGGGUCGAGACAUUGACAUGAGCGAGGAUGCAAACGACAAAGUGAACAGGGUUCUCGCGGGCUGGUAGGGCUUCUAUUAUGGCGUUCAGGUUCAGUUUAGGAUACCCAGGGGUGCUAUGGUGCUUCGAUCGAUAUUGAUCUCGGAAUAAAAGCCGGAUGGAUGAAGUCAUGCGCGAAACCUUGUGGAAGUAACAAGGUGUGAUACCGCGUGGACCCGUUCUCGAGUCUUAUUCUGCAUGGAUGACUUCGUAUACAGCGACAGUAUUGCAAAAGACACUACCCACGAUUGCCCAGUGCGGAUGUACCGCAGUAGGUGGCACACAAAAUUCUACUUCCAGAGCAUACCUCAUCCUAUAUAAACUUACUAUAC